GAUCAUCAGGAAUCAGUUCUUUAUUCCCUUCUUCGAGCGGUCAAAGAAAUGUUACGUGAUGGUCAGCCAGCAGCCCCUGAGUGUGAGAAACACACAGAGGCACAAGAUUGGGGAAUUCGAAAUGCCUGUUCUGCAGAGAGGUGGAAAGUGUCCCGCCCGCAUCUCAUCAACAGCAUGCUGUCAGAUGAGGCAGUAUUGCCCACCACCUGCCAGUGGUGUAGGCAAGGAGUGGCUGUGAUGAGGUGUAGUGAGUGCUUACCUCACCAGUAUCUGUGCAUGGCCUGUGACAAAGAGCAACACACCAGACAUGUUCUGCACAACCGGAGAUCCCUGAUCUCAGGCUACCUCCACCCUGUGCCUCCCACCUCAUUUGUCAGCCAGGAUGCUGACGGGCAAUAUUCCCUUACCCACCAAGGUCGCUAUGAUCUUGUCCUCCCUGAAGCACAUUGUGAAUGUUGUGCCUCUCAUUGGACACCUGCGCUGGAAGACGUUGUGCAAAAGUGGUAAAAUAUCUGGAGACACUUUCCACCAAAGCUUCAUGGAAUGGGCCAUCUGCAGAUAUGAGGUUGACAAGAUGUGCCAGGAGCAGCCGUUUGUCUGCCCUCCAUGCACUCCCGAAAUGCUUGCGGUAGCAGUGGAUGGCAAUCGCAAGCAUUAUCGUUUCAAGAAGGCAGGGAGUCAGGACAGUCAUGGCCACUUGGACGGUGUUUUCCUUUGCGAGGACAGCAAGGUGUCAGAGUUUGUAGACCAUGUCCACAAGGCCACCAAGCAUGUUCCCGGAAAGGGUGUCUGUGGUGGGGCUGAAUUUGCUGCUGCUAAGGAGAUCUCCAGAAAAUCUAGCAGCAAGCUUGAUGAAGAGGGCAUUGAGCUUGCUGUCUGCAGGCAUGGCACAAUCCUUAGAGGCCUUAAUAUGUUUAGGGGGGAAAUAUAUGCAUAUGCCCUCUACUUGCAGAAGGAAUUGGGCAACACUGCAACUUUCUUCUGCACUGAUCUUAUGUGCAAGUACUGGCCCUACUUGCAGAAGGUCUGCAGAGUAUGCCCAGAACUACAACAUCUUCUAGGCAUGAAGCCCUUUCUUUCUGUCCUCCAUGCAAAGGCCCAUGGAAUGAAGUGUGAGAUCAAAUGGGGUGGGGGGUUCCAGGAGAAUGCUGCCUGCACCCUGGGAGAAGAAGUGGAGCAGGCCAACGCCUUCCUCUCCAGGAUAGCCAUUUCCACAAAAUAUAUGUCAAAAGCUGCACGCACUGACAUGAUCACACUCUUGUGCAUGGGAUGGAACCAAGCCAAGGUCCAGCACAUGAGCUCCUACCUCAGCAGACGAUUCCUGAAGACCAAGCAAAGUCUGCAACAACAAAAAGACAGCUAUGAGGCCUUAAAGACAGAGCUGUCAGUCGACAACUCCACAAUCCUGCAGUGGGUGACCGAUGUUCAGGAGUGGGCUGAGAGUGCACCAGUGGAGGACAGUGAUGCACCUGUGGAGUUGCAGAAGAAGAUGGAGGAAAUGUCUGCCAGCAUCAGGCAGAGAACACAUCGGCUGUACAGGCAGAAUGACACAAACAAGGGUCGCCACAGGAUGAGAGCCAAAAUAAGAGAGGAGAAAGGGAAGCUGGCUGCCCUGGUCCUGGAACAUAAUACACUUGUCCAGCCAUCCGAAAGAGUGGAGUCAGUGGAGUUAAUCUUCCAGCCGGAAUACAUAUUCCCUUGGCACGUUCCAACAUCUGAUACUGACAUUCUCACAAAAAAGAAGGUCUUUGAGAAGGUCAUGGGUAUCCGGAGGCUGGAGGAGGAAGAAGUGGUCCUCGUCAAAGAGAUGAAGCAGCACUGGGAAUACCUGAAGAGACGUGCUGAGGUCUUGGAGCAGUCAAUCUCUGGUGACUGUUGGAACCUGUCACCAAAAGGGAGGAAGGGACUCCAAAGUUUGCACCAGAGGAAACUUACAGAGUUGAAGUCUCACCAGGCUGUAGUGAGACAGAUGUAUCUCCAAUACCUCCACCUGGAUCUUACAGAACCCGACCUGGACCUGGAAGAACUCCUGGAAGAGGGCCAGGACUUUUUAAGCUCUGACACCAGCUCAGAUGAUCACGACGAUGUCAACACCUAGGCAUCGACAGAAUAUCAAUGUUAUGCAUUUGAAUUUGGGUAUUGUGAGACAAAUAAAUGCUUUU